GCCUCUGCUAUAUGCCUAAAUACCUUAUUGCCUAAUAUCAUAUCCAGUUAUAUAUCCACCAUCCAUCCUCUCUCUUUCUCUCUCUCUCUCUCUAUAUAUAAUAGAGAAGAUAUAGAUUUUGGGAAUUCAUAGUAUAGAAAGAGAUCAGAGGUGAAAUGGGGAGACAACCAUGCUGCGACAAGGUUGGGUUAAAGAAAGGACCUUGGACUGCCGAGGAGGACAAGAAGCUCAUAACCUUCAUCCUCAACAAUGGUCAAUGUUGCUGGAGAGCUGUCCCCAAACUCGCAGGGCUGUUGAGGUGUGGGAAGAGCUGCAGAUUGAGAUGGAUAAAUUACCUCCGACCAGAUUUGAAGAGGGGACUUUUGUCGGAUUUUGAAGAGAAGAUGGUUAUUGAUCUUCAUGCCCAGCUUGGCAACAGGUGGUCAAAGAUUGCCUCUCAUUUGCCUGGGAGAACUGAUAAUGAAAUCAAGAAUCAUUGGAAUACACAUAUCAAGAAGAAGCUGAGGAAAAUGGGGUUUGAUCCAGUGACCCACAAGCCGCUCUCUGCUACUGAUGAUGAUGAUGAUCAGAAAACAAAUAAAACAAAAUCCCAGACAGAGAAUGGAACCUCGGCAGAUCAAGAAUCUCCAGUACCAGGUACUUCAAAUGAUCAGUCAAUGGAAGAAGACAACAAGAGUAUGGAAACCAGCACCCAAAGCCCAGUUUUUGAGUCCUCAAUAAUGGAGGUCAGUAAUGGGUUCUGCACAGACGAAGUCCCCCUGAUUGAGCCCCACGAAAUCCUCGUCCCUGUCUCGUCCACCCCCACUUGCUCCUCCUCCGACUCCGACAAUUACACGGCCGGCGGCGGCGGCGAUUUUGUCUCAUCAAACAACGUUAACAACAACGUUAAUGGGGUUCUUGAAGACAUGGAGAUGUUCCUGCCCAGCCUUGACUGGCAAUGUGACAGCAUCGGUGACAUGGGGUUCUGGGGAGAUGACUUCAUCACCACUACUUUGGACUCGCUUUUUAACAGUGACAGUAAUAAUAAUAUUAUUAUCAAUAACAACAACAAUCUCAAUCAGGUGCCCUUAAUGGUAUCAGAUGAAGAAUCUUGGAAGCUGGAUCAACUCUUGUGAUUUGGCAAUGAAGUUUGAAGAAAAUUAAGCUAUGUUCUUGUUUGGCUCUUCACUUUUUUUUAAUUUUCCAGUUUAGAAUAGAAUUUUCUUCUGUUUUGUUAAUACUACUUCUCUAGCCACUAAAACUAUUACACCUCCAAUGAAUCACAAUAAUUGCCCGGGACAUUUCCCAUGAAA